AUGGUUUCCUCACGCUUUCUGACGCUGGCCCUCAGCACAUCGGCAUCUGUCGUGGCAGCUUUGACGACACCAGCACGGAGUGAGACCGCAUCUGCUCAAUGCACCAAGGCCCUACCACAGGGGCGUGCACCUGGGAACGAGUACACAAUUCCUUACACCGACAAAGACGGCCGAUCUCGAGACUAUCUCCUAUUCUUGCCACCGAAGUACUCUACAAAGUCCAAUAACCCGAUCAUAUUCUCCUACCAUGGUGGGACUAGAACACCAGAGUCUCAGCGAGAUCUUGACCGUCUGGAAACGCCAUACUUCAAUACGGAUCACAUCGUCGUUUAUCUACGCGGAUACCAGGAACGAUGGGAAGGUACUCCUAAUAUCACCAAGAGAAACGACAUUGAGUACACCAGCAAUGUCUUGGACGACCUCGAGAAAACCUAUUGCAUCGAUACAAACCGCGUUUUCAUGACUGGCAAAUCCAACGGCGGCGGCUUUGUCAACUAUGCUGCCUGCCACAAAGAACUCUCAACGCGCUUCGCUGCUUUUGCCCCCGUCUCUGGCUCUUAUUACAUCGAGGGCGCAGAGGGUUGCAAUCCCAAGACCGUCGAUAUUCCGUGCAACCCCGGAAGGUCCAACAUACCUCUCAUUGAGUUUCAUGGUGGAAUCGAUGGAACUAUUCCCUACGAAGGCAAUCCUAGCCGCCGUGGCGCUUGCUUGCCUGAUGUCUUUCACUGGGUAACCGAAUGGGCUCUUCGUGAUGGUCUUGCCGAGAAGGCAUGCGAGAAGAAUAUCACCUCUCAUGCACAGAUGUAUCGCUGGGGAUCAGGUGACAAAAAGGGUCUCGUCACUCACGUCUAUGAGCAUGAUGUUGAUCAUAGUUGGCCCUACACUGGGGCGAAUGCGGACAACAAGGAGCACGGAGAUGGUCCGGCAUCCUACAAUGCAUCUUCGUAUAUCAUGGACUUCUUCAGCAAACAUACCCUGGCUUGA